AUGACGCCGCAUCUCACGAUCAACAACGGCGGAAGAAAGUGGAAACCAGCGAAAACCGUAAAAAUGCGCAUCGGUGGCUUUGCCAACUUGAAUCGCAUUCUGCGCUCGCGUCAUGAGACUGAAGCCACAAUUCACUUCGCUCGCCACUCGACGCUUUCGUCUAUAAGACAACUGUUGCUGCAAUUUCAACGUCGGCUUCGUCUCUCUCCGCGACCGGACAUUGGACGACGUCGGCGACUCGGGCGAGGAUUGGGCGGAAGGCAUGAGACACCAGCUCGGAAUGGCGGCCUUUUCGUCCUCGUGCUGAGGCGAGUUGGAGGCGGAAUUGACGGAACCGGGAGCUUUCGGGUCUUGCGCAGGUGCGUCCAUGUCGUGCUUGAAGCUCAUGUGAUACUUGAGCUUGUCCUUGCGAGUGAAGCCCUUGUCGCAAAUGGGGCAAAUGUGCGGACGUUCGCCAGUGUGCAGCAACUUGUGUCGAAUGAGGUGUGCGGAACGACGAAAUCCGGCUCCGCAUUCUUGGCAAACGAAUGGCUUCUCACCUACGAUGCAGCUGGCGAAUUCGGUCUUCACAUGCAAACGUUCGAGAGCGUUAUCUUCAAUGAUGUCAUUGUUUUCAUGAUCAACACCAUCAUUCGUGUCCUCGGCAUCCGUUCCACAAGAAGCAUCUUCUUCUAUCUGCACUUUGAGCUUGGAAGUCACGUCGUCGGCAUCGUCAGCAUCCACAGAAGCUUCACUUUCCUCCGCGGUGUCGUUGAGAGAUUCAUCUGA